AUGUGUGGAACUGAAGCAUUGGACUAUCAGUAUCGUAGUCUACAAAUCAAUAAAAUGGAACAAAUUAUUGGUCGAAUGAAUUCUAAAAAAUCUGGAAUAAUUUAUGAAUUUCAACCUGAUCCAUUUCUGAAUUUAGCUUUCAAAGGUGAAGCCUUUGUUAACUGGCUUCAAGAGAAUAUACCAACCUCUGAUGAACAUGAAGCAAUGCAUUUGGCUAACUUGUUUCUAUUCUAUGGAUAUAUAUUUCGUCUUACGGAAUCGCAACAUCCUUGCUUUCAACUUAAGAAUAACCAUUGGUAUCGAUUUCAAGCCCCAUUUUACUGGAUAUCUAAUAUAUUAAAACCAAAUGAUUUAGACUAUGCGGUAUAUCUGAUGAAAAGAAAUUUUAAAAAGGGUGGUUUCGAUAAAGAUGACCCUGAAGAUGAUAUAUUUCAACAAUUAUCCAAGUCAUUAGCUGAUAAAUGGAAAAUUAUUGAACUACAAGCAGUUGAACAAAUACGCUUAGAACGUAAACGUGAUGAAACCGACAGAAAUAUAUUGAACCUACAGGAAAAGGCAUUUUGGCGAAUACAUCGUCCACCGAAGCAUGAAAAAUAUAGGCUAACUGAUCCCCCAUCAAGACAUUUUACGCAUAAACAAAUGCAAAUUCGACAAGAACAAUUAAGACGUAAAACGAUGCAAAAAGAAAAAUUUUUAAAAGACAUAAUGAAUCAAAAUUCAGAACAAGAUGUUAAUUCAGCAUUAGCUCAAUUACAAUUGGAUAGAAUUACUUUACCAAAUCCACAAAGAAGUGAUAAGAAGUCUUUAGACUCCCUUAUACUUUAUACUACAAAUCAUUUAAUCUAUGAUAAUCUAUUAAAUGGAGAUUCAAUGGACAACUGUUGGUUUGCUUCUGAGAAAGAUACAACUGCAUGGGUAGAAGAUAGUGUUGUAUGCUCACAAACAGAUACAAUUGGACCUGCACCCUAUCCAACACUGAAACGAGCACGUAUGUGGGCUACAAGUAUGGAUCAUUUAUUUCGUGAUCCAAAUGGUCGGAAAUGGUUGGAGCAUUUUAUGGAAAAAGAGUAUAGUUGUGAAAAUAUGCGUUUUUUACAAGAAGUUCACAAGUACAAAUUUGGACCAAUAACCAAUAUUAACAAAGAAUCAAAACGUAUCUAUACUGAGUAUUUAGCUAAAACUGGUGUUAGUGAAAUUAAUAUUGAUAAUUAUACAUUAACAGCAACUGAAGAAUUAUUGAAGAAUCCUGAUCUAUUUUGUUUCGACUUUGCACAAGAACAUAUCUACAAUUUAGUGAAAAAUGAUUCAUAUACACGUUUUCUACGAUCAAAUGAUUACGCAAAGAUAUUGAAUCAUGCAUUGAAAUCAUCAUCACAAACAAUUAGAACAGAACAACAAAAAUAG